AUGGGUCUUACAGCUGUAGCUCUUGCUGCGAGUCAAUUUUGGAAUGUUUCUUUCAAUAGCUACCGGGAGAUUGAUCUACGGCUAUUAAAUUGGAUUUAUGUACUUGCUGGCCUGGUAGGCCUCUAUACCUUGUCUCGGAAUCAUGGAAUUGUUGUGGCAAAGACAGUGCACUGUGUAUCGAUCGCUGUUGCCAUCUAUUCCACAGCAUUCUACUGUGUUGCGCUUUUCAGGAUAGUGCAUCUGCACAGUACACUGAUGCAGGAGCAGGAUAGUCCUCAAAAUGAAAUACAGUAUGAUGAAGUUAGGGAGAACUUUACGGCCAAAUUGGUUAUCUGUUCUCUCAUGAUUUUUGUACCAAUCGUCGCUUGCUUAGCAGCACUCGUCGCUGCUGCACUUCUCGACCGUCUUAUCGUAGUUAGCCAACCUAUCUGGCCACAAUUCUCGCGUGACCAGAAUAGGAAAUUUCGUGCGAACCGCCUGUGCUUUACUGCGUUGGCUGCGGCAAAAUUGUUUCUGGCAUUAUGCACUCUAGCUUUGGUUAUUUUCCUCGAGUAUGAACAUCAACUGAUGUUAAGUAAAGACCCAUUUGUGUUAAUCGCUCUCGAUCACAUUGCUGCGCUCUUGGCAAUUGUAAGCGCAAUCGUAGACAUGCAUUCGGCUGUCAUCAGUAGACAACCCGCAGCUAAUUAUAAGGUUGCGAUCGGAAUAUCUGUGAUUGCAGCAGUUUGGUGCCUUAAAUCAUUAGAUAUUGAAAUGUAUCCUUAUUACUACAAUGAUAUUCAGAUAUGGCGUGGAGUAGACGCAGUUACUCGAAAUGGAACUCAAACACUAUCAGUCCAUAGUACGGUAGAUCGAACUUAUUUGAUCAUCAUCAUCGAAGGUAUUUCGGUGACCCUGUUUGCUUUGCUUUUCGGUUCAAAUUUGCUGUCUGCUGUUCAAGCUGGUAAAUGUAUCCAGUACGAAUAUUAUAAUGAAGAUUCGAUGAUCCAAAAGAGUGUCUCUUUACAGAGCAGAUGCCUGGGGUUGCUGCAUUUCAUUUGGGGGAUGUUACUGAUGGUUCUCGUGGUACUUGGAUUGAUUGACGUACCUUGGAAUGCAAAUUAUAUUGGUGCUGAUUUAAUGUGGCUUGCUGUUUUGCUCUUUGUUACAGGAAUAUUACACAUCACACAUUCCGGCUCGCAGUUAUCACUCCAUUUUUUGCUUGGUUUUAUCUGUUUCACAUCCGCCCUAGAAAAGAUGUGCUCAAGUAUCAAUCUCACAUACCAAUCCGCAACUUACCCGGCAUUUCUUCAUGGUCCUGAAGAUGUAUUUCUUGGGCGAUUAGUUUUACAUUGUGUGCAACUUACAAUUUUAUUCUUGGAAACCCUCACUGGAUUCUUUUCUGUUGUCAUAUACGGUCGUGCAUUGAGACAGCGAUACCGCCAUGCAGUGAAGUAUUCCACAUGUAUGCACAUAAUAUUACUUUUGGGCAAUAUGUUCUACGGCAUAGUACUUGUUGGUUGUAACAUUGUGUUCACACUCGGUUACUGGAUGUUUUCUGAAUCGCUGGUCCAGGUUCCUUUCUUCCAAAUGGGUAAUGGUCUGCUGGUGUUUGGCAUUUCCAUCUUGCAGGCAUUAUCACUAUGCUAUCCGGCCUUGUUAUUUUCGGUGACAACAUUGAACGUGGUAGCUGCAUCAUUAGCUUUGUUCAUGGUUAACUAUGCCAUAUCCAACACCUACUUUCUGGCAGCGUUGUUGCUUACAGUUGAGGGACUUCGUUGGGUAAUUAUUGAAGCGGCUUUAAUAUUAACUACUUCUGCUGCUAUUGCUUGUAUUAUAUGCACAUUUUGUUCCACGUUUGCUGUCAUCGGUUUCUUGUACACGAUACAUUGGAAGCCUACAAGUAGCACAUCAACCAUCUUACUGUGUAAUGAGAACAACUAUGGUACUCUGCGAACAUUGAUCAGUCCGCAGCUUCAGACACCACCAGUUCGACACAUGGAGGAACAAUCGAUUUAUUGGUCAACAGAUGAAAAUCCAUGUUAUUAUCAGGCCUCGAAGCGUUACUACGAUCAACCUUACAGGAUCGACUCUGGGCACGAAUUCAAACCUGUGUAUAUGACUUGCAGAUUUUAUGGGUAUGCGCUCGUCAACCCACAAAUGUUCGAUUCACCAUAUGCCGUGAUGGGUGCAGAUAGUAGUGGUAGAGUUGAUUCCGGACGGUAUUUUCGAAGCGUCAGUUCUUCCGCUGCACAAACAAGAAUUGGGCAUAUUUUUAGCUAAGAGCGAAUUUACUGCCGGAAUGAUUAAGGUUGUAUGAAACAGGACAAUUCACUGCUGAAUACCCUGCUGUUCUUCAAUUUGAUCGUGAUAAAUCUUCAGAUUUAUUUCUUCCUAGCAGUAGUUCCUCGUAUUUUAGAUCUAACUUCAAUUCAAGAUUUAAACAGGACUUCGGAUAAAUUUAUAUGCUUGGAUCGAGAAUCUGAAGUUAGGUCUAUAGAUGAUUAUG